CAUGACUAUGAAGAAGAAGGUAUUCAAACUCGAAAACGUAGACCUAAAAAUCCAGCAGGAUCAAGUUCCCAAUUACAACAACAACAGCAACAACAACAGCAACAACAUCAGCACCAGCAACAACACCCGCAACAACAACAACAACAACAGCAGCUACAAAACCCGAAUCAACUUCAACAUCAACACCAACAGCAGCCAUCGUCGAUGCCACAAACACAAAAUCAUCAACACCAAAUUCCACCUCAAACACCACAAUUACAGCAACAAGUACAAGAAGCGCAACAGCAACAGCAACAACAACAGCAGCAAGGUCAACAAGAACCCCAACAACAUCAAUUACAGCAACAGCCACAAUCACACCAUCAACAGCAAUUACAAUCACAACAGCAAUCCCAACUCCAAUCAAACCCACAAUCGCAACUCCAACAAAACCAACAACCACAACAGCCCCAUCUACAUCAGCAACAACAGCAACCAAUGAUUGUUAUGCAUAUGAGUGUCAUUCAAUCAUUAACUUCUUUGGACGAUUGAUGUUACAUCUAGAUACAUUUGGGGUUACAAAGGUAGCAUGGCAUGAUCAUUGUUCAUAAGGAUAAAUUGAAACAUUAGAACUUUUUUGUAAGGUUGAUGAAAUAUCGUUUAAUUUGUUCAAUUAAAGUGUUUGUAUAUGUGUGCGAGUGUAUGUUAAGAAAAGAUAGAAAGAAGAAUAAAGAGGAAGAAACAGAGAAAUAGAAGAUAGAGAGUGUCAAAAAAGUUCUGGUUGAUGAAUUAAGCUCAAUAAAUUAAAAUUAAAUGUUAACCAGAGA